AUGACUGACGCCGGUGUCUGUCCAGUUGAUCAAACGUCUGGUGUCGGUUACAAGCGCCGCUUUACGGUGCAGGGUCUAUCGGAGCAUUCGGCAGACAGAGAAAUGAUUGAAGAGAAGAAUAUUUCUGUCGCGGCAUACUUUGAGGAGAAAUAUGGUAUCAAACUUAAGUAUCCGGAAUUGCCCUGUGUAAAGGACCGUUUCAAAGAACUGGACUUCUAUGUCAGGGAAUUUGUUAAAAAGCAAAAUGAACUGGCGCGGCUGUUCCAGUUGAAUAUCGAUCCGCUGACGCCGGUUAAGGUCCCGGCGCGUGUUUUGCCUCAGCCACGAGCCCAGUUUGGAAAUGGCCCGGCGGAGUUAGGGCGCGGCAAAUGGAACACGCAGCCCUUUUGCUCGAAUCCCGACAGGCCGGUCAAAUGGGCUAUCGUGGCCGUCCCACCGCACAAUGUAAGAGUUCUCAGGAUUGUAUCACUUUCACAUCCACGUUUAUAA